AUGGCCAACAUGGUGGAAAUGACGAUAGAAAAGAUUGACGAGGUCAAGUCAAGACUUGGGAGGUAUGUUUUUACGUUUUUUGGUUUCGAUUUUAGGUUACAAAUUGAUCAAAAAGAUUUUAAGUUAAUAUUUCAAGAAAAUUGGAGUUUUUAAGAAACUUCAAAGGAUCAAGUUUUUUAGAUGAAAUUCCGAAACGAAUAGACGAAGAUUGUUGUCAGAAUUCAAAUAUAUCUGUUGUUAUCUAUAGAUAACAAACACAUUAUUAAAUUUAUACCUAAAAUAUACCAUUUUAGAUCUCUCGGAGCUUCGAUGAGGCUUCGUGACCUUAUCCGUAAGGUUCGAGCAGCUAGAACAGCAGCCGAAGAGCGUGCUGUAGUAGAACGAGAAAGUGCUAACAUUAGAGACGCGUUCCGUGAUGAAGAUAACAAGUAUAGAUGUAGAGACAUGGCCAAACUCUUCUACAUUCACAUGUUAGGAUAUCCAGCACACUUUGGUCAGAUGGAGUGCAUGAAAUUGGUGGGAACCAAAGACAAACGAUUCACAGACAUCAGAAUCGGAUACUUGGGAGCUAUGUUGUUGUUGGAUGAGAGGUCUGAAGUUCAUCUUUUGGUAACGAACUGCUUGAAAAGGUAAGAUCUCUUAGCUAAACUGUAUGAUAUUGCUUAGAACAUGUUAUGUUGAGCAGUAUUUUUAUAAAAAAUUUGUAUUAUUGACUUAGUUUGGUUUAAACUUUCAGUCACUUGAACGAGUCUGACCAGUUUGUGACAGGUUUGGCGUUAUGUACGUUGGGAUCGAUUUGUUCUGUUGAAAUGUGCAGAGACUUGUCAAAUGAAGUUGAGAAGCUUCUAAUAAAGUCGUCAAACUCUUACAUCAAGAAAAAAGUAAGAUUUCUCUUAGUUUCUAAAUUUUAGGUAACAUUUUUUGAAGUUUGUUAGAUACCAAAACUAAAAAUUAUAAUUUAGGCAGCUUUGUGUGCAUUCAGAAUAGUGAGAAAAGUGCCUGACCUGAUGAGUUGUUUUAUGUCUGGUGCUCGGGUACUCUUGAGCGACAAACAUCAUGGUAAGUGUCAGUUACUUUUAUUUAAUUCGAAAUUUAGGUGUUCUGCUUGGUGGUCUAACUUUGGUUACCGAAAUGUGUGAAAGGAGUGUAGAUGUGAGGAAUCACUUCAGAUCGGUAAGGUUUUGAACAAAUUUUUAAUUGAUGAAAACAAUCAUAUUGCAAUAGUGCUUACUUAAAAUGUCAUGCAAAGCAUUUUAGAUGGUGCCAGAUUUAGUAAAACAAUUCAGAAGCUUGGUCUCACCUUUAGGAAGUUACUCAUCUACUGAGCAUGACGUUAACAAUGUUAUUGAUCCAUUUUUACAAGUAAGGGUUAUAUGUUUAUUUUAUGAAAGGGAAGACAACAUUCAAAGAUUAAUUUGAAUAUUUUCAUUAAAUUUUUCAUAAUAACUUAAAACUUUAGGUAAAAAUCCUACGUUUACUGCGUGUAUUAGGCAAAGAUGACGUUCGAGCAAGUGAAGCCAUGAACGAUCUUUUAACCAUAAUCACCACCAACACGGAUCCAAACAAGAAUGCUGGUAAUGCCGUUCUAUACGAAGCCGUGUUGACUAUCAUGGACAUUAAGAGCGAGACCAGUCUCAAGAUCUUGGCCAUAAACCUGCUGGGAAGAUAUCUGGUUAACCCUGACAAGAACAUCAGAUACGUCGCUUUGAAUACGCUUCUGAAGACGGCUACAGCCGACUUGAAGACCGUGCAGAAGUACAAAGGAACGGUGUUGGAGAAUCUGAAGGAUCCGGAUGUAUCGAUCAGAAGAAGAGCGCUGGAGUUGUGUUUCGUUCUGAUUGACAAGGAUAACAUCACCACCAUGAUCAAGGAGAUUCUAUUGUUCUUGGAGACAGCUGAUCCUGAAUUCAAAUCAGAGUGUGCAUCUAAGAUGUAUGUCGCUACAGAGACUCACUCGCCUAAUCCUGUGUGGCAUCUUAACACCAUGAUUUCGGUUCUAAAACUGGUAAGAACUGACUUUUGAUCUAAAACUCUAGGAAGUGUGACUAUUAAAGAAUUUGAAAAACUAUAACAAUCUAAAAUACGUCUUUAAACUUAUUGCUUCAGGCCGGAAACUACGUGCCAGAGGAGGUUGUGAGCUGCAUGAUCCAGCUGAUCUCGGCCCACUUCAACCUCCAAGCCUACGCAACCAAGAAACUGUUCAAAGCGGCCAAGGACGAUGGUGGUGUAGCUCAGCCUCUGCUGCAGAUCGCCUUCUGGUGCAUCGGAGAGUUUGGAGAUUUGUUGAUUGCUCCAUCAGAUGACGAUCCCCAGCCGCCUUCUGAAUCAGACGUUAUAGAAAUGUUCGAGCAACUCUUCAUCGUGAAUACCAUGACAAUUCAAACCCGAGAGUACGGUAUCGUGGCAUUGGCCAAACUCUCCACAAGAUUCUCUUCUCAAACCGAAAGAAUCGGAGCUUUAGUGCGCCGAUACGUAGCUCAUCUGAAUCUCGAGCUACAACAACGUGCCGUCGAGUUCUCUGGGCUGAUUCCAAAGUAUGAAUUGAGGUAGGUAACGUUUUCACGAAGUAUGAGUUAGUACAUGAAGUUAAGUAUGACAUUUAAUUAUAAAAUUUCAGGAACGGCCUUCUGGAGCGUAUGCCCGUGAUCAAACACAGUACCUUGAACACAGCUGCUGCCCCAAUCGAAGACGAGGAAGCCAAGGCGGCCGAGGAAGAUAGCCUACUUGACGUAGGAGGUGGUACAGCCUCUGGAGGCGCCAAGGAUUCAGUCUACAACGAUCUUUUGGAUUUAAUGGGUAAUGGUGAAGGUAACGCAACCACCACGACACAGCCGCCACCAACAAGUGGCACGACUUCUGGAACUGGAGGCUUGGACGAUCUUUUCGGAAGUCUCGGAAUAAAUGGUGAGUUUAGAAGUGUAAUGGUCUAUACUUCAUACAAAAAUUGUGGUUUUAAUACUAGAAUUUGUGUUUUUAAGUUGGGAAUAUCUUGUUAAUUUAUGCAAAUUUCAGGCUCUGCCCCAACGCCGACUACUCAACCUCCACAAGCGAAGCCAGCGGUUUCAAGUGGAAACGAUUUCUCGGAUUUGUUUGGCGCUUCAACUAACUCUUCUAAUUCGUACGUCGGUUUACAUUUUACUUAUUACAUUAUUAUUUUUACUUAUUACGGUGUAUUUUUAUUUGCUUCAACAUUUUUAUUUGUUACAGUAUUUUUAGUCCUAAAAUCACCCUGCUUUUUUAGCGUCGCUUCGAAGCCAGGGGUAAUCGUAGUGAAUAAAAGUGGAUUCGAAGCUCAGAUGUUCAUUGAAAAUGGCUUCGGAUCAGGACCGGCAGUGAUUCGUUUCGAAAUUUCGAACAACAAUCCAGUACCGGUCGAAAACUUUAACUUGCAGACAGCUGUUACAAGGGUAGGUUUACGUUAUUUUUGAUUAUUCAAGAAGCUUUGGUUUUCUAUACGAAUAUUAUUGUAUUUUUUGGUCGAAAAGUGUAUAGAAGUGAUUUUUGGGUAACAUUUGAAGUUUUAAUGUUUGACAUUUCAUAAAUAAUAACGAUUAAAGUUAUUUUGUCAAUGUGUAAUGUAUUAUUCAUUAUGGCUCCUUACUUUAUUACUUCAGCAAUUUCAAAUCGAGCUGCUGCCAGCUUCAAACAGCCGCCUCGAAGCCGACGCCAUGUCCACGAUAACACAAUUGGCCAAGAUCACGCAGCUUGCUGACAGCCGGGUACCCAAACUUCGGCUCAAACUCAACUACUCGCUGGAUGGCGCGGCCCGCUCCUUCCAGGAAGAUGUCACCGUCCAAGGCCUGUGA